ACCCCUCGCCAGCCAAUGGGCGCGCGCCGCCUGACAGCCCGUCACGCCGGUCGCCCCUGACGACGGGGUCCUUGGGCUGGUUGGAGGGGGAGAGGUGUCCAGCGCGGCUGCCUGUCGGCGCGGCCAGCCAGCAUGUACGCCAAGGGGAAGGGCGCUGUUGUUCCUUCGGACGCCCAGGCGCGGGAGAAGUUGGCACUCUAUGUGUACGAGUAUCUGCUGCACGUGGGUGCACAGAAGGCGGCACAGACCUUCCUGUCCGAGAUCCGAUGGGAAAAGAACAUAACUCUGGGUGAACCGCCGGGGUUCCUACACUCUUGGUGGUGCGUUUUCUGGGACCUUUACUGCGCCGCGCCCGAACGCAGGGAGACAUGCGAGCACUCGAGCGAGGCGAAGGCCUUCCACGACUACACGGCAGCAGCUGCCGCCAGCCCCGUGCUGGGAAAUCUCCCGCCGGGAGACGGAAUUCCCCCAGGAUUUUACCAGGGCCCUCCUGGCUCCCAGCAUUCCCCUCACCCACAGCCCCCACCAGGGCCUGGAAUGAUGGGUCCGCAUGCACAGGCGUUCAUGUCUCCGCGCUUCCCUGGGGGCCCACGGGGACCUCACCGCAUGCCCGGACAGGGCAUGGGUGGAAUGCCAGGGCCACAGCCGCUCAUGCCCAGCACCAUGGACCCGACUCGCCAGCCCGGGCAUGCUGGGAUGGGCCCUAUCCAGAGGAUGACCCCUCCGCGGGGGAUGGCGCCCAUGGGACCUCAGGCAGAACCGUGGUUCCCCAUGCAAAGCUACGGGGGAGGGGUGCGGCCCCCACACACUCCGCUAGGGGGACCCGCGAUGCCUGGAGUCAGCAUGGGGCCCGGCGGCGGACGUCCUUGGCCUAACGCCUCCAACCCAAACUCGGCUCCCUUUUCAGCUUCUUCUCCCGGAAGCUACGGGGGUGCCCCUGGUAGUGGCGGUCCUCCCGGAACCCCGAUCAUGCCCAGCCCAGGAGGUUCCCCCGGUGGCCCCCACCCUGCCCAGGUGCUCGCCGGACACCGCCUCUCACAAGACUCGACCGGCUCCAAUGAGAACAUGUACACCAUGAUGACCCCAGUGCCUCCCGGAGCGAACCGGCCAAACUUCCCAAUGGGACCUGGAGAUGGCGGAAUGGGCAUGGAAUCCCAUAUGAAUGGAUCUUUAGGGUCGGCAGAUAUGGAUGGAAUUGCCAAGGUGCGUGCGCGUGCGCGUUUGCAGAAUUCCCCCAACAACAUGAGCGGGGGAAUGAGCAACGCCCCGGGGACCCCCCACGAGGAUGACGAAAUCCCAGGAGGCUUCCUCAACCCCUUCCCAGGCGACAGCUUCUCUCCGGGCAUGCCGAUGGGGGUGUGAGUGCACCCCCUGUGCAACAGCAGCCAGCCGGGGUCUCCCCAGAGCCUCCAGGACCCCCCUGUAACCAGCAUGCGCGCUGUCGGGGGGUGGGGGGGGUUGGGGUGGGGGUAAGGGGGAUCGUAUCAUAGUCCAGUAACAACACCCGACACGCACGCACACACCGGCGUGCACGCACACACCGCACUGUGACGUCCCGCACAGCCACGCUUGUUCCCUCGCCGGACACGCGCACACCUCCCGACACACACACACACACACCGGCUUCACUUACGCAGUACUACACACGCGCAACGUACACACCUCCCCGAAAGCUGGCUUAAGUGUACACAGACGUGCGCGGCCAGGCGAAAUUGUUGUACAUACCAAGAACUCUUUGUUUAAAUGUGGUUUCAAUAACGAUGAUGGUCCUCGAUUUAAAUGCCACUCUCCGGAGAGCUGCGUGUCGGGUGGGGGCUGCGGUUCCACCCACACGUCGUCCUGGACGCCCGGCUGAUCACCAAGAAAAAAGGAGGCCCGGUUCGUCUCAUGGUUGUUUGCGGCGACGUGGUGGGGGGGCGGGAGUGGGGGGAGGGGUUGGUGGUGGGGGACACGGGCUGGGGGGGGGGAUGUGUUGUGUUGCUCACGGGAGAAGCGUUGUUCCGUCUGUAGUUGGGAGUCGGUGUAUUUCCACGGAGUGCAUGUCCUGUGGUGGUGGGGGGAUGUUUUAAUUGAAUCGCUCGCCGUACGCCGCCCUCCCCUUGUAGGGACGGCGUCUGCCCUCUAUACUCGACAAUAAUAAUAAUAAUCCACGGCGGUUUUGAUAGCCCACCGGUAUUUGCUCCGCGAACGCAAAUCAAGGAGGGAAGUGGACGGCUCCAUCGACGGCAUUGGCAGAUUUCUCCUGUUUGGUCGCGAACUUAAAACCUGAACGGACAUCAAAUUUGGCAACUCACACGGUGCCUCCCCCACCCCCUCCCCCACCGACACGUUACCUUGCCCCCCCCCCCCGCACACACUUUUCUAAAAAAAAGAAUUGAUGAAAAAUCUGUAUCCGUGGCGAUGCCAUUGCUCUCAUCUCCACAGUAACCACUCUGCGUUACCGAUGGCACGUUGCCUCCGUGGCAACCAGAAGCCAUACCGCAAGGGUGCAAUGAUGUCCACGAAAUAAGUGUUAACGUUAAAUAAUUACCUAACCAAUUGAGAUGACAAACGUAAUAUUCCUCCCAUGAAUUGCCCUGUUUAGUGAGAUAUUUUUAAGCGUACUGCAUGUCGAAUUAGUUUUGUUCUGUACCGUAGUUUGUCAUUUAAGCCUCCCUUCCUGUAGUUGCGUAUUUGUUGGCGGUCCCCUCUCUUUGGCUUAGCUGCGUUGUUUAUACAGGGUACCCAGCCGCCAACCGGGAUGAUGGGCCCCCCUAGAAGAGCCCCCCCUUUGGCGUUCAGAGGUGUCUCCCCCCCCUCUCACAGCCCACCAUGAGGGAGGGGGGCAGGGUGGGGCAGGCAAACCUCGUGCGCCAGUCCUGGGGCGGCACAGGGUUCAAUUACAAGUAUUUUUUUUUAAUCAUCAUUAUUCAAUUUGAUGUGUUAGUGAUGGUGCAAGUACAUUUUAAUAUAAAAAAAUAAAAAAUCGCAAAACCCGAAGGUAACGUAGAUGGACGGUGUAUAAUGUCGCCAGCCGCCGGUGCAAGUGCGCGAAGCCUCCGUGGCGAUGGGGAGUGGGGUGGGGUUAGUGGUGGAGGAGGUGGCCCCGGGGAGUCGGGAGGGACGUGGUCCCCAUGGUCCCGUUGCAGCAUCGGUCCACACAGGCCCAGAAUCCCGUGGACCCGGUUCUACGUGGAGCUGUUGCCAUGGCAAUGGGCUUCUAUAACUCCUUUUUCCACCGUACAACCGAGCCGCACCGGGGCCUGCCCCACUACCCCGAUUAUAUUUUUUCCCACUGCAGAAGCCGAGCCCUGCCGCUGACACCGCGCAGCGAGUCGAGUCGCACGUAGCCAGUGCUUAUGACGAAAAUUAUUAACUCUGGCCCUGCUUGCGUCCCCCCCCCCCCCCCGGGACCGCCGCGGUGGCGAGAUGUUAACUACCUCGCCUGGUAUACAGGAGGUCAUGGGUUCCAUCCCAACCCUUGAUGCCUGCUGUAUAUUUGGAGUUUGCUUGCGCUCCCCGUGGUCGCGUGGAUUUUUCUCCGGGUCCUCCCUCUGCGUUUAGAGCCAGCAUCACGCGUUUAUGGUAUUUGGCUGCUGUACAUUUCCACGUGAUAAGCCACUUCAUUGGGUUAUCAUCUGUGGCCAGGUCGCUUCUGAAAAACUUUUAUAGCUCAGUGGGACUUACCUGGUAAAAUAGAAUGGUUUGGUUCCUGCUCAGCUGGACUAAUCGCCAGUGGAAAACCACGCGUGCAGUGAGGAACCCCGCAAGGGCAUGGCUCGAUUAUGCCAGUAAACAAGGGAUAUUGGUGAACUUUCAUUGUAUCUGUUUCCAUGGCAACAUGCUCAACGUCCAUUGAUUCCAUUGGAUCAACACGUUCCAUAUAAACGAGCUCCACUUGAACUGGUUCAAUGGACAUGUUUCCACGAGAACGGUCUCCAUGCCAACUGCUUCCAAUGGACUUGUUUCCAUGUGAACGUGUUUCCAUGGGAACAGACUCUGUAAACUGGUUCCACUGGGCCUGUGUCUGUGGGAACCAAGUCAAACAGUGUUCAUGGGAACGGUCUCGAUGGGUGAACCUUUUUUGUUGUUGUAACGUCAGAACAAGACUCCGCGUGAACCGGUUCUAUUCGGCCCGCCCGCACGAGAACAGCGACGCGCGUGAACGGCUUCCGUGGCAACAUCGAUACGCGUCAACUGGUUCCCGUUGGACCUUGUUUCCAUGGCGAUGGCUCUCGGGGAUAAGGGGGGAAGGGGGGGGGGACCCAAUUUUGUCGGGAGAAAAAAAACCCGGCUCCACGUGGAGAUGCGGCGAGGGUGUUGCUGCGUCGUUCAUCCCGUGUACACGUUCUCUGUUACCGACAGUGUCAUGUAUAUUUCAGUGUACACAACCCUUAGGCAUGUUUGCGCCUGUGCGUUCUUCAGUUUUAUUUCCAUGCUGUGUAAUAUGCUGUUAUUUCUUGCUUUCUCGCGGAGCCAUGAACUACCAACAAUUAAAUAAACAUCUUAUGUUGUCGGUA